GGCUGCUCUCUGCCUCCUGCCAUUUUUCCCGCAAUAAACAAGUGUGGGGGUGUUAGCGUAGCUAUACACAGAGAACUUUGCACAUUUACCAGCUAAAAUGCCCAAACGAACUUGUCCUUUUCCUGAAUCCUUCUCUUCCCAGUACAAAAUACAUAUCGGGCAGCGGGAGAUAAACAGUUACGGAGUGUUUGGAAAUAAAUAUAGGCAAGAAAUAUACGAAAAGACAAAGAACCUGCUUUUCAAUGGUGCGAAAGCUGUAGUGGGGAAAAUAUGGUCUGGAGAGGAGAAGUGCCCAGAUUCACAGUUUAAAGAACAACACACUGCAUGCAGUCAGACACUCCUGAGAGGACAGACACUUAUUGGGCAGGAUGGGAAACUCACAAGAACACAUGCUGUACAAGGUGUGCCGGCGGCUCCCACAGACUGCUGUGUUUGUCAUAAAAAUCAGGGUUCCAGGACGCUGUGUUCCCAGUGUGACAGACUGGCUUGUGCUUCUUGUACCAGACAAUGUUCCAGCUGUUGCAGCCUGUGCUGCUCCAUCUGCACCAUCAUAGAUUACAGUGGACCAUACGAUGAAGUGCUAUGCUGCAGCUGUUCAACAUAACAAGGACCAACAGGAAGGAUCAGAUUGAGUACUUGAUCAUGUAAAGUUGCCCCCACGAGAUAUUACAAAGAUUACAGUGUAAACUUGUUUUUAUGAUUGAAAUGUAUUCUUGUAUAUAUGUGUUUCAUUCUGUAAUGAACUGAAAUUAAACUUGAAUGUUUUUAUUAAGUCUAUUUUACUUUGUAAAUUUUAUGUUUUGACUUGGUAUUGCAUUAAAUAGCAUAUGUUCUAAUUUUUCAA